CAUAUUUAGGCGCUCUUGGUGUUUAUCAACAUAAUAUUGCAAAAUCUCAAUUGGAUAAUAAAGUUGUUAGAGCUCACAUAUAUGAAUAUACAACUCAGAUUUCAAUUCAAUGUUCUAAAAAAUCCAUAGUUAAGAAGACAAUAAAUGACGGAAUUUUUCCAACACAAUUACUUUUUUGUCUUAAAGAAAAGGAGAAAGACAAUGCUGAUUCUUUUCAAUGGUUUUUUAAUGCAUUCUGUCCAAUUCUUAAUCCUAAAAUAUGCGUUCUUAUUAAAGCUGGAGUUGCUGGUGCUUGUGGUAAAUUAGUUGCCAUGAAAGAUGGAUGUUGGUACCAAUUAUUAAACCCAAUUAUAG